CAGUUCAAACCAAUUGGGUGACGAAGUGCUGAAGGUUUAAUGUUUCGCCUCCAGCGUUACUGUGAGCAGGCUUUUCACAGGCAGAUCUCUGUCAGUUAGACUGGAGAAUGGGCAGCAACAGCAGUAAGUUGUGCUGCAGCAAACCGAGAAAGAAGAAAGAAGCUUCACCAGAACACAAGGAGGUUUCUCAAGAAUUAACAGCACUUCAAAGCGAUGGUGAGUUACCUGGAGCUGCUUGCAAUCGGCUGCAGAAGGCAGAUGUUUCCCUUCUGGAGUGUCACGAGAAAGAUCUACAAAGUGUCAGAGAGGAGCACGAGCAGGAACUUGUGCAACUCCGUGAAGACUUGUAUUCAACACACAAUGUGGAGAAGCAGCAGCUUCAAUAUCAACACGCAGACUACAUUGAGAAACUAAAGCAGCAAAAGAAAGAAGUAGAGCUGUCAGGCUCCAGAAUAGUGGAACUGAAAGCCAGACACUCCGAAUACGUCCACGUUCUCAAGAGGGAAAGCGAGACUGCAUUGGCAGGACUUGUAAAACAGCAUAAACAGGAGCAAGAGUCGUUGACCGAAUCCUUUCAGAAAGCCAGCAUGUGCCUUAAGGAAAGAAUAGAGGAACUUACUACCCAAGUCAACUCAUUUCAAAUGAAGACCAAGAAAAUUGAGGAUGCAAUUUUAAGAAGGGAUCUUCACAGAGAUAAUAAGAAUUCACGUCCACCAACACUGUUCUGGGAGCAGGAGCUGGAGAGCUUACACUUUGUGGUGGAGAUGAAGAAUGAAAGGAUUCAUCAUCUGGAUAAGCAAGUGUUGCAGAUGAAGAAUCUGGUACAUUCGGCUGUCCAUCAAUACUGGCACAAUUAUGGUUUGGCACGAGCACUAAUAUUAAUAUUUAGUUUUUGCUGUGGUUCAAUUUUAUUACUAAAACAAAGAUUUAUCUUUCCUCUCCCUUGCCUCUCCUGCCAGGUGGAAGUGAACAUCAUACUUGAGGAGAAAGUUAAAAACCUUCAGCAAGAAAAUGAAGACUUGAAAGUUCGCCUGAAAAAUCAACAGGCCUUUUCAAGGCAAUUAUCAAUGGAACAUGAGAGCCUGCAACACACUUUUGAGAAGGAAGCGAUGAUGAAGGAUAGACUUUUUCACGAGAAAGAAGAGUUGGUCUGGAAACUGCAGAAUGGAGAUGGUUCACCGACUGGAGAGACUUCAUGGAGGCAGCUUCACUCGGAGUCGGUGGAAACAUCAUUAACGUGACAGUAAUCAAUGGAUGAACAGGAAUGUUUCGACAGAACUCGAUCACCUUUUGUAUUGUCUGAAAGAAGCUGGAAGCAUCUACCUCAGCAUGCUUGGUCUCUUGAGUUAGCAGAUUUGGGAGUUGAGCUAACUACAGGCCACAAUUGAACUUUAGAAGUGAAGCUGCACUGUAUCUUUAAAGAAUACAUUACUUAUGUAUCGCCAUUUUUCUGAUGAAGCUUUGGAAAGACAGAGUUGGAAGAGAAAACAGUUGAAAUGGAUCCAAAGUGAUCCAUGUUCAGGAACUUAUGCUUGUCAUAGAAAGUGCUGCGGAUCUUGCUUCUGAAAUGACUUAUUAAAAGGUGUUGUUUUGUUUCUUCAUAAUUAUGCCGGAAAGAUUGUGUGGUUUCAUCAAAAUGGUAACAUCUGUGCUAUUUUGUGCGAUUUGUCUUCCUUGACACAAGGUGCCAUUCUGACAUAAAAUUAAAAAAAAAAAACCUGA